AUGAAACCUUCUACAAUCACCGCCCUGCUCCUUCCGUGUGUUCUGUCCCUUUCCCUGCCAAGGCAAUCCCAUAAAACAGUCAGAUGGAUGCCCCUAGGCGACUCGAUAACCGACUAUGGCUGCUGGCGAGCCUGGAUCUACCUCCGCCUCCAAAAUGACCCCGACCUCUACGACUCCGUCGACCUCGUCGGUGGUGAGCGCGCAGGCGAGAUCUGCGACGACUCCGAAUUCGACCGUGAUCACGAAGGACACCCCGGCUUCCCUGCCAUCCAAAUGGCCAACGAGGGUCGAGUGUCCGAGUGGUUGGCCAUGAACCCUGCCGAUGUGGUGACUAUGCACUUGGGCACAGUGGAUAUCGUGCGAGGAAAGCCGAGGACGGAGGAGUUGCUACGGGCGUAUAGCACGCUUGUGGGGCAGAUGAGGGGCCGGAAUCCAAAUAUGAGAAUUAUCGUGGCGCAGAUUAUCCCGCUUGGGUUGAGCGCGGAAAAGAACGAGCAGGUCAAAGAGCUGAACAAAGCGAUUCCUGCUUGGGCGGCCAGCCAAAACACCACGUCGAGUCCGAUCUGGGUCGUUGACUUGUUCACUGGUUUCGAUGCCGAGGUGGAUUUGUAUGAUGGUAUACAUGCCAGCUCGUCCGGGAUUCAAAAGAUCGCUGAUGGGUUCUAUCCGGCACUAUUGACUGCGAUUAGAUAUGUCCAGGGGGGGGGCUAAAUUCAGUGUCUUGUAACAGGGCGGCGAUGUAUUGAUUGGGGGAAAAGGAGGAAGCCAAGUGUCAUUAAAUAUCCUAUAUCCAAAAUCCGCAUCGC